AUGACAGACAAGCCCUACAAACAGCCUGAAUUCGAGACCCUCCAUCUGCACGCUAGUCAGGACGUAGGCCCUACGACUAAUGCGCUUCCAAACUCUAUCUAUGCGACAACAGGCUUCACGUUCAACGACGCACAGCAUGCCGCGGACUUCUUUAGCCUCAAGGCGUUCGGAAAUAUCUAUUCGCGUAUCGGGAAUUCGACUUUCGACGUCUUUGAGAAGCGCACAGCUGCUCUGGAGGGCGGUAUCUCCGCACUUGCGACUUCGCCUGGCCGUGCUACACAGUUCAUGGCCAUUGCAAUAAUUGCCGGUGCUGGCGACAACAUUGUGUCGUCUUCCAAUCUCUACGGUGGAAUGCUUUGUCAACUCGACCCCGAGGACUUCCGCGCGGCGAUUGAUGAGAAUACGAAGGCAAUCUUCUUUGAGUCAAUGGGGAACCCCACGUACAUUGUUGUGGACAUCUCGGCCCUGGCGCAGGUCGCACACUCAAAUGGAAUUCCACUUAUCGUCGAUAACACCUUUGGCAUCGGAGUCUGCGGGCACGGCACCACCAUCGCCGGAGUAAUCGUUGACUCAGGCAAGUUUGACUGGUCACGGAGCGGUAAAUUCCCGUCGUUCACGAAGCUGUCGGAGGGCUACCACGGCUUCAAGUUUUGGGACGCCUUCGGCCCGGCCACCUUCGUCGUCAAGGUGCUGGUCGAGGUGCAGCGCGACCUCGGCGCGACGAUGGGCCCGUUCACGGCGUUCCUACUCCUACAGGGGCCCGAGACGAUGAGCCCGCGCGCGGAGCGACACUGCGCGAAUGCGCUCGCGCUCGCACGCUUCCUCGAGCGACACUCGAAGGUGAGUCGGGCGAUGUACGUCGGGCUCCCGAGCCAUCCGAGCCACGCACUCGCGAAUCGCUUCUUCCGCGAGGGUCAAUAUAUGGGCGGCCGCGAGAAUAUCGCAGUCGGCAGCCGCGUCUUCGAUGCACUCAAGCUUGCGAGCAACCUCGCCAACGUUGGCGGCGCGAAGACGCUCGUCAUUCACCCUGCGACGACGACGCACCAGCAGCUCAAUGAGGAAGAGCUGAACUGGAGAAUGUUGAAUGCUUCGAAGAGCGAAUCAAAUUGA